AUGCAGUAUCAACGUGUUUUAUAUACAAAUAAAUUAACAGCAGAAAUAAAAUCGAAAUUAGGCAUCGUAUCUAUUGACAAGCGAUUAUCAUCCAAGAAAAAUGUUUAUUUUGUAAGCUUUGCGUCGAAUGCUGAUAUGAAAAUUGCUGAUCGAAUCGCCAAACGAAUUCGUAAUAUUGCAUUAAAACCUAUUCAAGCUAUUUCUUCUGACAAUCAAUAUGAACAUCGGAGUAGCAUACACAACAAUCGAAAAAGGUUACUAUCAUCAUCAACAUCUCCAACAUUUUUAUCACCAACCACCACUCUCAGUUUCCUUUCUAAUUGCGAUUCUCCAUGUACGACACCUCAACCAAGUAGUCCAAUACAACAAGCAAAUGAAACAUUGGAAGAACGAGCAAAACGAAUUCUUGGUUCACGAUUAGUAAUUCAUAAAACUGUUCCACCAAUCCCUACUCUUCAACCACGAAACUUCUUAAAUUCUAGUGCUGAUGUAAAUUCCAGCAAUAAUUAUUUAAUUCGGUAUGAAAAGGACAAGAAACAACUUAUUGACAAUGUGACUUCAUGUUUGAAAACAAUGGAAAUAGUACGACAAGCUGCGGAUCAUCUUUGUCAAAUUCAUAAACGUGGAAUUGAUUGUCGUGAAGCAGUAAAUUCUUUUUUUAAAGUACACACAACGAAUUUUUAUAUGAAAGCGACUACAUCUGCUCAAAUCAUGGCUGCUUGCUCACGUGGACUACGAUUGUUUUGGUCAGAUAUUGCUGAUAUUAUUAAUGUAUUAAAAGUCGAUAUCCAUCAUCAAGAAUCAUUUAUGACUGAAGUAGCAUCAUCAAACUUUAUUUCAUCAAAAAUUGACAUCACAACAUCGAUUGCAAUGUCAUCGAAACUCGCAUACCAGCUUACAAGACUAUCACGUUGA